AUGCUUAUCUUACCCCUUCUGCUAAUUGUUGUGACUGCAAGCUCUCUCUCCGCCGCACACCCCCACCCCACCGAUACCGUCAACGUCACAAGCACGACCUACUAUCUCCAGAUCGCGAUCAAAAACUCGCUCCCAGUACCCCUAAAGCAUAUCCGAUUCGCCCACAUCAGCAAGCAGGAGCUGAACGUCCAGACCUGGGACGACGUGCCGAGCGGCCAGACCCUCCCCGCCGUCUGGAUCAAAUAUGCGACAGGCAUUUUCACUGGCAGCGACACCUGGAACCUGGACAUCACCUUCGAAGACGGCGAGACGUUCUACAUCGACCGCGACAGCACCUGCAACCUGCAGGAGUCCGACAGCGGGCAAGUGUACACGUGGACCAUCGAGGGGUCAACGUUCCAUAUGCCGAUGAACAGUGACGGCAUGAACACGCCGAUCCACAACAACGACGACGAGGAUGAGUUCAAUACCUACGCGUUCGCACGGAUCAAGAAUGAAUUCGACCAGACGUUUGAAUGGUCCCAACUCGCGCAUACGCACGAAGGGACGGGCGAGAGGCGGAGCGAGUGGACGACCUCGAUCCCUCCCCAGGGUUUCUCGCCGGUGGUGCCGGUGUACUUCACCACGGGGUUCGGCAACACGGAUACGGAUUUUUGGGCGGUGCGCGCGAAGUACAGUGCCGAUGGCGGGGUGCACUACCUCCUACGACAGACGGACGAGAACUACAAGUGCAUGCUGAAGUCCGGGGAUGCGGGGCAGUUGUUCCAUGUGGGCAUUCGGGGCCAGCAUUCGAGGAGUGGGGAUUUUAUUUUGGAUAUUCCGAGUGGGUCGUGUACGGUUGGACUGGUGCAGUCGAAGGAGGGGACUACUGGGUCUGUGAAUGUUGAGUUGUAG